CUAUAUCAUUGCUAUUUUUAGAUCACUGAACCUAGUGACUGUGUUUACAUCUCUGAUGCCUUCAGGGCUUGGUGUUGUGGGUAUAUUUACUGGUGACUUAUUCAGAGUACAUGAUUCAUUCCAGUGGAGUUGUGGGUAUCUCUGGAUAUGAAAUAUGGGUACUGUGAAAUGAGAACAUUGAAAAGUAAUACAGAACAGUCCCCAGUUGAUUUGUUGUGUGCCGUCUUCGUUUAUGCAUGUCGUUGACCAGCACACCAACAUGGCGGAGUUUAUAGAAUCCGAUCAGCUGAGCAAGGCGAAGGAAGUACAUAUCGUUUCCAGCAAUUUGGAAUCUCAGGGAAAACAAAAGUGCCCAUGUUCGAUGGCAGAAGUGGUCAGUUUAUCAAAAAUGUCGCUAGAUGAUGAAUAUAGAGUUGUUGAUUCCGGAAAGCUGCCAUGGACUCGUGAUGAUUCCAACGACAGCCUCGCUCCAACAACAACAGCUUCGUUAGGAACAAUAAAGAAAAGAAACCGAGCAGAACGGUUAGAUCAGUCCCAGUGCACUUCAAGCACUGAUAGUUCCGGGUCGAGCACAUACCUUGACGAAGGCGACUGCCGUUUGGCCUCUAAAAGUGAUAAUAUUGAUGAUUUACCAGACAAUCCUAAAGAAUUUAACUUUUGUCAAGUUGAAAUUAUGGAUACAAAUAAUACAAAAUAUGUUCCUACAACGUCAAACUCAGAGGGCCGGAUUGCGACUCCUCUUCCUGUGCGCAUUUUUAGCCUAGAGAGUCCAAACAAAGGGACUUCUAAAGAGUCAAAGUCUACUCCAAGCCACAGCGAGUCCGGCAGACACACCCGAGAUCACCCGACACAAAAAGAGGGUCAUGAGUACUUUUCCUUUAAAAGUGCCAUGUUGUCUUAUGGGCCUCCGUGGGAUGAGGUUUCAUUAAGUUCAUCAGAUUCAGAGGAUGUUGGAUGGAGACGAGAGGUGGAAGAUGACCUAAUGGUAGGGGAUCGCAUAUUGUCUGGGGAGGGUUAUGAUGAAAUCAUGGGCAGUGUGUAUAGCUUCCCCAGUUCUGGCGCGGUGGCGCAGUUUGAUCAGGCCUAUGACAUGUUACUGAGCUUGAUGAUGGAUGAUGGAACCUUAGGUAAUUUAGGGCCUGACUCUGCUGAUCAUGUGGAGGUGCCGGGGGCGUCUAACGAGGAUGUGCGGAGAACGAGAGGCACUCAGCCUACUGCCCCUCUGUAUCCCCACCACCCCACCAGAUACAUGGAAUGUGAAAUUUGUCUAAGCAAGUCCAAUUUCUGGAGUAGAUUUUGUUGUCAUUUCAAAGUCUGUAAUGAAUGUGUAGAUACAUACAUUACUCUGAAAGUUCAGGAAGCUGUGGUGCAUAUAGAAUGUCCAAAUGAUAAGUGCAGGGGUUAUAUUCAUCGAAAUGAAAUAAGAGAUCGGCUCUCCGAUGAAUUGAAGCACAAAUUUGAUAAGUUUCUGGUGGAUGCCAAUAAAGAUCCUUGUAAAAAGACUUGCCCAGCGUGUAGCAGCGUGCACACAAUUGAUCCGGAUGCUUUGACUACCAAGAAGAAGCGGAAAAAUGGACUGAAAGUGCAGUGUUCAGAAUGCCAUCUCCAGUGGUGCUUCCUCUGCCAAGCUCCUUUUCACACCGGUGUCACGUGUAAACAAUAUCGCAAAGGUGAUGAGAUGGUGCGCAAGUGGGCCAAGGAAGUCAAGCAUGGAAAGUUCAAUGCUCAGCGUUGUCCCAAAUGUAAGACUUUCAUCCAAAAAACGGAUGGCUGCGACCACAUGAAGUGCACCCAGUGCAGCACUGACUUCUGCUACCGCUGCGGAGAUCGCUACAUCCGCAUCAAGUUCAUCGGCAAUCACUUCAGUCGCUUCUCCUUGUUUGGCUGCAAGUACCGGCUCAUGCCCAAGAAGCCAGUGCUGAGAAGACUGAUCAGGGGCACAAACUUUGCUGCCCGUAUGGUCGCCGGGGUGGUGCUGGCCGGGCUCGGGUUAGCGGCCGGCAUUGGGCUGUUGGGGGCCAGCGUGUUCAUUCUGCCGGGCUACGGGAUCUUUCGACUGCAUCGCCACCGCAAGAUCGCCAAGAAGAGGAAGCACGUGGAGCGAAGGAUGCACUACAUGAUCCUGGAGAUGGAGAGGGAGAGGGCACUGAAGGAAGGAGACGUGGCUCUCAACUCUCAGGGCAACACGUCGACGGGCAACGAGGAGUCCGAGGUGGAGAACCCCGACCCCCAGCAGGUGCAGGUCAUCGUCCACCGAGCCGUGUCGGUCACAGAGGAAGCCGGCGAGGAGCCAUCUGGCGACUGUGAGCUCUACGCCAACCGCUUCACGGCUGAGGGUACGGAGGUGAUGGUAGAACCCUCAGCGGGGGAGGGAGGAGAGGAGGAGGGGGAGGAGAAUUUUUUGUACGUGGCGGACAUAAAGGAGGUGUCGAACAAGGGAGGCUACUCCACGGUGGUGGCCAACAUUGUGUCGAAAGUGGGUCAGGUGGUGGAGGACGCCUGUGCUCGGAGUAAGAUGGCGGACGUGGAAAAGACGAAGGUGCCCGGGGGGGAUGCUCAAGUUGUCGGGAAAGGUGAGGAGAGGGACGGGAAAGGUGAGGAGAGGGACGGGAAAGACGGGAAGUCGGGGAAACUGGAGGAGGAGGAGGAGAAAGUCGAGUCGUCUUCAGGGCAGACGGAGUCUACAGGGCUGUCGUCACAGACAGACACACAAGUUGGAGUGGAGAUGUCUCAAGGCAUGACGGACUGCGACAAGGUCAGCCACUGUGACAAGGUCAGCCGUAGGGACAGCUCCGUGCCUUCAGAAGAGACCCAACCCUCGGCCAAUAGCAAGAACCUGGACGUGACGAUAAUUGUUCAAGAUGACGUGAACAAAGGAAACACAGACGACAGCAAAUCCAGUAAACUCGACAGCCGUGGAAGCUCAAUGGAAGCUCUGCACGGAUGUUUCGGAAACAUUUUUUCCAAACGCAGUCAGAACAUGUUGACAGCAGAGGGCGACGCUGCUCCGAAAAGCUUCGAACCGGGAUUGCAGACCAAGUUUCUCCACCGAAAAUCUGCGACCUGGGAGAAAAUACGCAACUCGAAGGUCGAGUCGGUUCUGAAUUUCCCCCAUUUUGAAAAGGUUGUGGAUGGGAAGGCGGUGUUGGUUCACCGGUCUCCGUCUGCUGUUUCUGCCAUGACGACCUCCAAGGAUUUCAGCUCGCUGGCUCUCUCCGAGAAAGAUUGUGGUUCCACUGAUCACAGCCUCGACUCCAUCAAAGGAUGCCGGGGGGACGCGGGGUUGGAUUGUCCCAAAGAAAAUUCUGGGAUUGUGGGUGCCGAGACGAAUCCUUCUGUAGGUUGUGGAGAGGAGGAACGCGACACAUCGGGUAAGACUACCGUACAGGAAGCGGAUCACGCAGGGUAUCUGAACGUGGACAAAUUUCACAUCUCACAGUACAGUGUAGUCACGCGUUUAUAAGAACUUUUUUUGGGGGGGAUUACGUUUUCCGUUAAUGAUUGUGAAUGCCAUGUACCCAUGUGUAGUACAUGUGUGUGUUGACGCACAGAUUGUGAAUGCCAUGUACCCAUGUGUAGUACAUGUGUGUGUUGACGCACAGAUUGUGAAUGCCAUGUACCCAUGUGUAGUAUACGUGUGUCUUGACACACAGAUUACCCAUGUGUAGUAUAUGUGUGUGUGUUGACACGCAGAAUGUGAAUGUCGUGUACCCAUGUGUAGUAUAUGUGUGUUGUGAUACCCACUCGACGCACACAGCUUCUAUUGUCAGUGUAAGCUGAAGUGAUAACGUCGGUGACUUGGCGCUCUGAUAUCCAUCAGGAUUAGAUUUCUCAGGCUUGUCAAGCUGUGAAUUUGGGGUUUUUUUUAAACUCGCCUCCCCCCCCCCCGUUUUGCCCAUUUGAUUUUCUGCUAAGGCUUUGUAUUGGUGAUUUCAGUUGUCGGUGAAAUGCCAGUGUCACGUGUGUUGUCUCACAUGCUUUUAAAGAUGUGUUCCAUACUAGACUAGUAUACAGCCGGUUCAUUUUUAAACGCACAAAUGCGGGUGAAUUCGAAUGCCGUGCAGUGCUGUGCAGUGCGGAUGACAAGAUCAAAGAAAACAUCACGGGCAUGCGUUGUACACGUGGAUCAGGUUGUGGAUCUUUGACACGUGGAUCAGUGGAUCAGGUUGUGGAUCUUUGACACGUGGAUCAGUGGAUCAUGUUGUAGAUCUUUGACACGUGGAUCAGUGGAUCAGGUUGUGGAUCUUUGACACGUGGAUCAGUGGAUCAGGUUGUGGAUCUUUGACAGGUGGAUCAGUGGAUCAGGUUGUAGAUCUUUGACACGUGGAUCAGUGGAUCAGGUUGUGGAUCUUUGACACGUGGAUCAGUGGAUCAGGUUGUGGAUCUUUGACACGUGGAUCAGUGGAUCAGGUUGUGGAUCUUUGACAGGUGGAUCAGUGGAUCAGGUUGUAGAUCUUUGACACGUGGAUCAGUGGAUCAGGUUGUGGAUCUUUGACACGUGGAUCAGUGGAUCAGGUUGUGGAUCUUUGACAGGUGGAUCAGUGGAUCAGGUUGUAGAUCUUUGACACGUGGAUCAGUGGAUCAGGUUGUGGAUCUUUGACAGGUGGAUCAGUGGAUCAGGUUGUAGAUCUUUGACACGUGGAUCAGUGGAUCAGGUUGUGGAUCUUUGACACGUGGAUCAGUGGAUCAGGUUGUGGAUCUUUGACAGGUGGAUCAGUGGAUCAGGUUGUAGAUCUUUGACACGUGGAUCAGUGGAUCAGGUUAUCUUUGACAGGAUCAGGUGGUGUACCUUUCACUAGCACACACAGAUGGGACAGUAGGGAGGAGAUUCUGUCUGAAUUCUGGUGAAAGUGAUGAAUGUACUGUACUAGUGUUCUGGUGAAAGUGAUGAAUGUACUGUACUAGUGUUCUGGUGAAAGUGAUGAAUGUACUGUAUUAGUAUUCUGGUGAAAGUGAUGAAUGUACUGUAUUAGUAUUCUGGUGAAAGUGAUGAAUGUACUGUAUUAGUAUUCUGGUGAAAGUGAUGAAUGUACUGUAUUAGUAUUCUGGUGAAAGUGAUGAAUGUACUGUAUUAGUAUUCUGGGAUGCCUUUUUUUCCGUUAUUUACGCUUUUUCCCCGUUAUUUUGGGCAUUGUCUGUUCUUAUUGUUGAACUGAUGCGAUGUUGUUUUGUCGCAUCUAUUGCUUCGUCUCUUGCUAAGUCUAGUCUUGAAAAAAA